GGGAGAUUAUCCACGAGUUUUUGCCGGUGAGACCGUCGAUGUGUAUACCCUGAACCCGGAGACGGUUCCUGGAAUCGGGGGACUUUGGAAGCCCGGACCUCGAGACGUUCGAACUUUGCAACGAUUGCGUAAAUGGUCCCAUGGUCUGUCACAAUGACGCUUAUAUUGAAUUGUGUCCUCGCAAUGGGGCUUUUCACCGCCAUCGGUGCCAUCACAGUAUCGAUAGACCGUUCCGAUAACAAACCCCCACCGACGCGAUCGUCGAUGAUCGCAAAUGGAUGGAGACCGCUGACGAACGGAUACGAGGAGACGAUCGGUACGAACGUCUCGCCGUCUAGCAAUCUCGAGAGAAACGCGCCGCUUCAUCCUGUCUUGAGCAAGCUGCAGGAGCACAUGGCCGCGUCCGAGAAGCUGAAACCAAGGAAGAACAAACCGAUACCCCAUCAUGAUUACAAUCCGCCGAGCAUACUAGGUAGCUUCACGGUUUUCAGCCACGGUGGGCCAAAGGGGCGGGUGGAGACGCCGGUGCACAACCACCUGAACAAACACGUGGGCUCAGAGACUCGCGAGUACAUGUUCCUGAUCCCACCGCCGAAGGACGCGUAUCGUUUCGACCUGGACCACCAUAGGAAGCCUAUACUACGCGAUAACGCGGCUUACCUGCGGCAACCUUACGUUCCCCAGAGCCUCCACCAACCGCCGGAUCCAAUAAAGGCGGCCACGUAUUUUAUCAAGGGCUACGCCUCGACCACGAACCCUCCGUCAUCGCCGAUGAACACGAAGAAUAGACACUACGCGGACUCGUACGUGCCUCAAAUGCUCCAGCCUCCGCGGUACCAAGGCAAACCUUUCGAGUCCCUCAAAGUCUCCAGCAACGCAAAACCCUACUUCCAGCCGCCUGGAACAGGGCUGGCGUCCGACUUCGGCAAGGAUAAACGGCUCAGCGAGCACGACCACCGAGCGAAUUACGACAAAUACCAGCAGCCGUCUCACAACGAGCAGAUCGUUAACUCCCCCAACGCUGGAAACUUCUACAGCCAAGUGAACCAUCCCUCCCACUCAUACAAGACGUCGUACGAAAGGGAUCCGGCGUUCCUGGUGCACGAGAGUCACGAGAUCAGCUACAUCACGCCCCCGUCGGUCUACAAUGGAUACAACUUGAGGCCAUCCCUGCCCUACGAGACUCUGCUGCCUCCUGAAGUCUACUCCUCCACACAAGCCCCAACCACCCCCAAGUACCAACACGACGACGACCUGGUGAGGGAGUACAAACGUCCAAGUCACGGAAACGCGAACAAGCAACUGGAGGACUCGGUUCUACCCACCGCUGGGAUUGGAAACACGUAUUACGUCUCUGAGCAACAGGAUCUGACGCCCCCGCCGUCAGCCUGGCCAGUGCCCAAGAGCAAGUACGCGUCAGACAUCAACGAGGUACUACCGCGCGUCAAUCCGCCGUCCAAGUUCAAUCAGGAAACGACAGACUCGAACCAGAUCCCCCAAGUGCCCAAGGUGCUCUUCAUCGGCCCCCAGGCGCAACCGCCGCAGUACCAGACCUCCGUGUUGCCCAUCGACGUCCGUCCAGAGACCGCUCAACCAGAGUACGAGACGCCAGAGAGCAUAUCGUUGAAGCACUUCAACGAGCAACAGUAUCUGAUACAGCAACAGUUGCUACAGAGGGACAGACAGAGGCUGGCCGAGCAGGAGAGGCAACAGCAGCUGGAGAUCGAGAAGCAGCAGCAAGAGGAGUUGAAGAAACGGCAGGAAGAGCUCAGGGAUUUGAUUCAGAGGCAGAAGGAGGAGGAGGAGGCCAGGCUGGCGAUCGAGUCCGCCAGGAACCAAUCGGAGCAACUGGCCAAAGUCGAGGGCCAAUCGCCUUUCGCGGACCAGUUUGCGGAGUACGAAAUUCCCAAGGUCACCACGGAUGCAGCCCCAACCAUCACGGAAUACUACGAGCGUGGCGAGCUGCCAAAAGUUCAACAGUCACAGGUAACCCAGCCCGACUACGUGAUUUCCGAGACCCCGGUGAUACAGAGCCAGCAAUACGAGGAUUACCACGUUAAAACCCAACCGGAAGAAGCGAACUACCGAGAACCACAGACGGAGAUACGGCCACACAGACCCCACAAGUUAUCGCGCGAUCAAUAUAGACGAAGGAAACCAUCGACCACGGUGGCGUACGAACCCCUGCCAACGGAAGCGCCGAUUCAACCUCCAGAAACGUCGGUGCCGGUGACGCUGCACAUCGAGGAGGUGCCUGUUCAGACGACCCUGGCGCCCGAAACGCCGACUCUGCCGCCAGCAACCACCCAGAAGCCAAGAACGCGACGACCUGGGACCCAACUGCGACGAAAGCGACCAACGACCACGACUCCGGAGCCGAUCACGGCCGCUGUGGACGAUUACGGGAGGUACGACAGGCCUGAAGAGGUGCACCAGCAGCUGGACAGCUCGCGAAGAAGGCGAAUCAAGCCCACGCAGGUGACCUACGGGGACUCCGUGACCGAGAAGAAGGCCAACAUCAGGAAGCGACCUGGCCACAGGAACAGAGUGAACCAUGGUGAACCGUACGAGGCUGAAAUCGUCACGGAGAUCGUCCACGCGCCGAUCAACACGUACAGGACACCGACAGAGUCUGUUCCUGGGUACAACGAGUACAAUCAAUUCGUGACGAAUCAACCGAAUAAUCAACACUUUGAUUAUUCGUCGCAGAAGACUGUGGAUGAGCAACGAGUGGAUACUACGGAAGCUGUGCCUUUGGAUUAUUAUACUGAAGUGACAAAGAGCAGGAUCGAGGAGAACGUUAACAACGAGAGCUACAACCCCCAACAAAAUGGCGCGGUCACUAAUAUUCCGUUGGAAGAUCUGUUCAUCAAAACAGAGGGUAAUUACUUCGACAGAGCGACCGUAGCGUCGCCCACAAGUUCUACAGGUGGAUCUAGCUCGAGUCUAAGCUCCAGUAUCCCUACGACGGUCCCGACGACGACGUCUACCGUUCCAUCGACAACUCAGGCGCCCGUUGUGACCUCGUCGACGAGCAGAACGCAUAAGAUCCGACCCAUGAGGUUUGGGAACACUACGAGGCCACGUUUCAGCAUCAAGGAUUACAAAAGUCGGUUGGAUUACAAGAGCAGAUUAUCCCAGGCCUCGACCACGGAAGCUUCGGUGGCUCCAGCGGUUCACACGAAGCAGAGAGGUUCCAGUUACAAGAGCCAGCAGACCCAACAAAAUGGCGACACGGCUAGAGAGACGACUGGCAGAUACAAGUACAUGUCGAGAGUGAACUACAGGACUACUUCUCCUGCUCCUCUGACGCCAAAGGAUCAGGAAUACGCUGCUGAAGAUGUUCCUUCGUCCACCACUGACAGGUCCAAUCGAUUCGUUCCCAAACGAAGACCCAUCGGCGGGAACGUGUACAGAAGCAGGAUUUCCGGGACCACCAGCAACCCUAACAGGUCCCAGGACGGCGAGAAUCAAUCGAAACCGAGCACAGCUCGACCAGAGAACGUGUUUUCCUCGUCGGUGAGACGUAGACCGGUGAUGAAAAGCAGACUGUCCGCGCAAAGGGAAACCUCGACCGCCGCGUAUGCCGAAAGAAAGGAGGCGGAGGCCACGGAAAUGGCCGCCGAAGAAACCAGUUUCUAUUCUGCGGUCACUACAAUGGGGACUACCAGAGUGGCGGCUAACGAGAUCCCCGUUGAAAAAGAGGAAGCUACUUCCACGAACGUUCCGGCGAGGCUCGAUAACGGGGAAGAGGUUAAGAACGCGGACGAGAGCGAAAGCGAGCCGAGUUUCCACGUCGAAAAUGAAAAUCCCGUCGCCGAACCGGUCGUGAGCAGCACUACCAAAAACGUGGACGAGAGUCCAAUGGACGAAACAAGUGUCGGUGACCAGGAAUCGACCGCGAGAACAGAAGACACGUCGGAGACCACCACAGCGGCGUUCGAAAUUCAAUCGAAGGAGGAGGAGGAACUGUUCGCCAAGGCCUCGCAAAGCGUGGCUGAUUUAACCAGUUCCGCUUCCGCUCUCUACGAUAAACCGGGACUCUUCAAGGCGGUCUCCCCGGAGAGCAGAGUCGCCGCCUCGCAUUUCAAGUUGCCGACCGAGGAGCCCACCUUACCGAUCGAGGCCUUCUUCCAGGAACUGUCCAAGAAAAGCUAAGGAGAGACCCGCUUAACUGAAACGUUUUGGUAUCGACGACUCGGGGAAUUUUCAUUGUUUGCUUUUCCAAAUUUUGCAUUCGAAUGGGAU